CCUGAGAGAGACGGUUUUACUGAUACAACCUCCUUCCUUUUCCGUCUCCCCUUCUCUUCAGUAGUCGUUUGUCACGGGAGGUUGAAGACUUUACCGGUCUCUCUCUCUCUCUCUCUCUUUCUUCCAGUUUCUUGUUUGUUCAAUCAUUUUUAACAUUCGAGGCGUAGAGGUCUACUUCUGUUGCUUGGAUUUCCCCUUCUUUUUUUAUCUUUUGGUGCAAGAUCGGGGCUACGAGAGGUGGAGCCAUGGAGGAAGUUUGGUGAUUAGAGAAACUUUAUCUUGAGGAUGGUUCUUUCAGAAGAAGCCAUACGGUGUGGAUUUUGAGAUACAGAGGGACAUUGUCUGAUCGGAAGGUUAAAGCUGAUUUCAGUGAGAGAUAAGAGCGUCGUAAAGAUAUUGAAUUCUGAAGGCUAUUAUUGCUAAUUAAUGUGCGAGAUCUGGGAGCCGAUGAUUUGUUGGAAGAGGUAAAUUUUGGAGGGAAAGGCUUAAAUAAUUGGCGAAAGAUUUUUGCAGGUAGAAGUUGAAGCUUGAAGAACAUCAUAACUACAGUUGCAGAAUCUCCUUCAACCGGACACGGUGAAACAGGUGAAAAGACGAACUCCGUCAGAGAAUGUAUCGUUUCUUCUGACGAUUCUCAAUCCAGCUGUGGUGAAAACGACUGAGAACAUUCCAUUCCGCAACCGUUAGAAAUUUCAGAAGCGGAGUAAGUUAGAGAGAGAGAGAGAGAGAAGGAAGGGGAAAAAGUGAGACAGUCUGGAAUGCGGGACCAUCUCAGAAGAAUACAAAUAUCACGGCCAUUACCUUAUACAAGACAUCUUAACUUCGUCUUGAAGCAUCAGAGAGUUCGCGAUUUCGGAAAGCUAUCUGUUUUGAGUUUUCUGAAAUAGAAAAUUUUUAAUUAUUGGCGGAGGCAUGAGACAGAACAGUACUCGACAUGCCUUAAGCUGCACUAGUCCUAUGAUUAGCCAGUAAGGAAACGAAAGAGAGUGGGAUAUGGGGUCGAUUAGUGGGGAGGAGUUGCCGCAGUGGGAGAAAUCGCAGGGAAUGGGUGGCCGGGAGGAGAAGAUUUUUGUUUCUGUGAGGCUGAGGCCUCUUAGCGCGAAGGAGAUUGCCAGGAAUGAUGUAUCGGACUGGGAAUGCAUCAAUGAUAACACCAUCAUAUACAGGAACAGCCUUUCGGAGCGAUCUAUGUUCCCAACUGCCCAUACAUUUGAUAGGGUAUUUCGGUGCAACUGCUCCACGAGGCAGGUUUAUGAGGAAGCAGCCAAGGAGGUUGCACUUUCGGUUGUCAGUGGUAUUAAUUCGAGUAUUUUUGCAUAUGGGCAAACUAGCAGUGGGAAGACAUACACCAUGAGUGGAAUUACCGAGUAUACUGUGGCAGAUAUAUAUGAUUACAUAAAAAUGCAUGAAGAGAGGGCAUUUGUUAUGAAAUUCUCUGCAAUGGAAAUUUACAAUGAAGCUGUAAGAGACCUCCUCAGUGCAGAUGCUAAUCCACUAAGGCUUCUCGAUGAUCCAGAGAGGGGGACUAUUGUGGAGAAAAUUACCGAAGAAACCAUAAGGGACUGGAAACAUUUACAGGAACUCCUUUCCGCUUGUGAAGCUCAAAGACAUAUUGCUGAGACCUCCCUUAAUGAAACCAGCUCCAGAUCUCAUCAAAUUCUGAGACUGACUAUUGAAAGCUCUGCUCGUGAAUUCUUAGGCAAGCAAAAUUCAAGUACACUUGCUGCUAGUGUGAACUUUGUUGAUUUGGCUGGAAGUGAGCGUGCAUCUCAGGCAUUAUCAGCUGGAACAAGAUUAAAAGAAGGUUGCCACAUAAAUCGCAGUUUACUCACCCUAGGAACUGUUAUUCGCAAACUAAGUUAUUCCUUCAACGCUACCAACUCUUGCAGCAAAGGAAGAAAUGGACAUAUUCCUUACAGAGAUUCUAAGUUGACACGCAUACUGCAACCCUCCUUGGGAGGAAAUGCCAGAACUGCAAUCAUUUGCACCGUCAGCCCUGCACGGAGCCAUGUUGAGCAGUCCAGAAAUACCCUCCUAUUCGCAAGCUGUGCAAAAGAAGUGGCUACCAAUGCACAAGUGAAUGUAGUUAUGUCUGACAAGGCACUGGUAAAGCAUUUACAAAAAGAACUGGCAAGAUUGGAGAGUGAAUUGAGAUAUCCAGGACAAGCUUCUGCUACAUCUGAUUCCCGGGCACUGUUGCGAGAGAAAGACCUUCAGAUUGCAAAGAUGGAGAAGGAGAUAAGAGUACUCAUUCAGCAGCGUGAUCUUGCUCAAUCACGACUUGAGGAUUUGCUACAAGUUGUUGGUGUUGAUCAGGCUUCUAAAAUAUGGGCAAAGAAUGCAUGGGAAGAUGUAAAAUCAGUAUCAGAGUCAUCGGUUGUGGAUGAUCCUCACUAUGCCAUUGGUGUCACAAGAGUCAACACGUCUUGGUAUUCUGACAGUAACAGUGUGAAUAAUUCUGAUUACCCACAGCUGCCUGAAAUUCCAGAAGACCAUUAUCUGUCUGAUGGUACCUCCCCAAGAUUGUCUAUCAAUAGUCCAUUUAUUGGACGUGAUCCAUGUCAGAGUUGGGAGGAGAUUGCAGAAGAAACAGUUGAAGAUUCUGAAGACAUUUGCAAAGAAGUUAGAUGCAUCGAGAUGGAGGAGUCUAACAGGGUCAGAAAUAUAGAAUCAAAAGCUUUGUCACCUCAAGAAAAUGAAGGCAUGUUAGAUUUGACAGUUUCUGGGAAUGGAGAUGCGACUGAUCAGCUGUUGAUCUCAUCCCGAAGGAAGGGAGAUAGAGACUUGAAGCAUAUGAAUGAUUUUGUGUAUGGUGCACUGGAGCAAAAACUCCACGAUGUGCAAAAAACUGUUGAUUACCUUGACGAGUCAUCUCCAUGGCUUCCAGCUGACAUGUGUAGCUCUAGAAGCUUGCAGUUAACCAGAAGCAGAAGUUGUAGAGCGGCUCUCAUGAUUAGCUCAUCCACUUCCUAUUCUGAGAGGAGGGACCAGAGUGAGAACACACCACCUAGCAGGUUUGAGAGAGACUUCCCUGGAAGACCUGAAAUCUUUCAUAGGAGGUUUUCUGCAAUAAAUUAUGGUGACGAUGUUGCAAGGUCAUCAAAUAAAGAUUUCCAGGCAUCUGAAGUGAAUGCUUCCGUUGAUGAUCCAAAAACACAGAAUGCCAAAGCCUCAGCUGAAGAGGAUAUUACCAGUGUCCAUACUUUUGUUACAGGGAUGAAAGAGAUGGUGAAACUUCAGUAUGAGAAGCAACUUCUUGAUGGUCAGGAGACAGAAUCAAAGCCCAAUGAAUCUGCAAAGACUGUAAAGGAUGUGGGAUUGGACCCGAUGCAGGAUCCUUCAGAAUCUCCUCCAAGUUGGCAUUUAGAAUUUGAGAGGCAGAAGAGAGAGAUAAUUGAACUUUGGCAUGCUUGCAAUGUAUCGUUGGUCCACAGAACCUACUUCCUCCUGCUCUUCAAAGGCGAUCCAGCAGAUUCCAUUUACAUGGAAGUAGAGCUCAGAAGGCUUACCUUCCUCAAGGACUCAUUUUCUCAUGGAAAUCUUGCUCGACAUGCCAUGGAAGAUGGUCGGACACUGACACCAGCAUCAAGCAUGAAGGCUCUGCGCCGUGAGAGGGUGAUGCUGUGCAAGCAAAUGCAGAAGAGGUUCUCAGAAAAGGAGAGAGAGCAACUCUAUGUGAAAUGGAAUAUCCGGCUGGACUCGAAACGAAGAAGGCUACAGCUGGUUCACCGCCUAUGGACAGACACAAUAGACAUGAACCUUGUCAUGGAGAGUGCCACAAUUGUUGCAAAGAUUGUUGGGUUCCUAGAAACCAGGCAGGCUCCCAAGGAGAUGUUUGGGCUCAGCUUCACACCCCCUCGCCCAACCCGUUCUUACAGCUGGAAACAGACCAUGUCAUUUUCUGGUAGGCACCAUUUGUAGGUUAUAUAAAGAUCCAAACUGGUUUCAUUCCACUGUUGUGAUUGUCAUUGAAUUGUAGAAAAGGCUUGUAAAUUUGCUUAGGUUAGCAAUAUAAUUGGGUUGUAGUGUUGUUCUCUGCUGCUAUACCAGUUCUUUUGGUUAAUUAAUAGCAUUUAAUUACAGGGACCUGUAUUCUAAACCUUACAGUAAGGAUGGAUUUGGACUUUUUUUUUUGGCAUUUUAUUCAAAAUCUAAGGCAUUAUUUGUGUA